AUGAAGAUUCUCUACAUCGGCAUUCUCAAGAAUGAGCAGAAGCCAGCUGUCGAGCUUUGCUCGGAGCGCGAGCUGAGCACCUACUCCCGCUUCACCCGCACCAGCGUCGGCGAGUUCAUGACCCUGUUCAGCAAAACGGUUGCCGAGAGGACGAGACCAGGAGAGCGUCAGGACGUGGAAGAGCAGUCCUACACAUUUCACGCCUACGGCCGCACCGAGGGAAUCGCCGGCAUCAUCAUCACGGACCACGAAUACCCCGCAUUGGUAGCUCACCAGCUGCUAUCCAAGGUCGUCGACGAGUUCCUUAACAAAUACCCCCGCAAUGUUUUCACUGUUUCCGAUCAGGAAUGUCCCAUGCCCGAGCUGAAGGAAUAUAUCGUCAAGUACCAGGACCCGCAGCAGGCGGAUAGCAUCAUGAAGAUUCAAAAGGAGCUGGACGAGACGAAGAUCGUGCUACACAAGACUAUUGAGAGUGUGUUGGAGCGUGGAGAGAAGAUCGACAGCUUGGUAGCCAAGAGCGACGGCCUGAGCGCUCAAAGCAAGAUGUUCUACACGCAGGCAAAGAAGCAGAAUUCCUGCUGCGUGGUCAUGUAA